CAGGCGGUCCCAGGAGCGAUGUGGGCGGUGUUUCCAGCUGGAGACCCGCCCUUUCCCCUUAGCCAUGGCGGAGGUCUUGGAGUUCCUCGUCCCCACUGGCAACGGCAGGACCCUCCUCGUCCUGGGCCUGGAGACAAACGCGACAGAGCAUGCACUGUACUUAGCAUUUUCUGCUUUUGGGCCGCUCUACUCUGUCAGACUUCACAGAAAUGCUGCAGUUGCUGGUCCUGGCUAUUACGCCCUUGUCAAGUACUACUCCACCAGAGAUGCCAGCAGAGCGCAGCUUGCGUGCAAUCGGCAGCCACUGUUUCAGAAAUCAGCUUUGAAGGUAUGUCUCUGUACCAGGCAGAGGCCCUUCCCACAGCAAAACUUGGCUUUGAACAGCCACAAAUGCCAGGAAUUGGCCAACCAUUACCUCGGUUUCAACAGCUGGUCCAGUCGCAUUGUCACGCUCCAGGAUAUCUCUGGCUUUGAAGAGAACGAAGAGGAAGACUCCAGGGCUUUGCUGGCGAGCCAGCGUUGCAAGUAUCUGUGCAUUCAAGAAUUAACUAUCCCGCAACACAGCAUCUGCGCCAGAGGGGUCGGAGUGGCCGAAACUCCCGUAGACCCCAGCCAAGGGUUUCUCACAGCCACACGCAGUGCUCAGAAGCUUGCGGCACAGAAAGCACUCUCGGAUGCAUUUCAGAAGAUUGUCCUUGUAGUUCUAGAAAAUGGGAAGGUGGCUGUGGAGUUCAUCUCCCCCCAAGAGGACCUUGUAGACUGUUUAGCAGAUGAAGAACUCAAGGGGCUCCUCCAGGUGACUGACUUGUCCUUCUCACAACUGAAUCCUGAAGGAGAAGAGGAGAUCUUAUCUGACUUCAGCAUGGAUGGAGAAUAGCAGCUGGUGUCCUCAUGUUAGACUAGGAGGGCUUUGUCUGACCCCUGUGUCCUGUUUUCCUCUCCAUGCUAUGUAAGAGCAAGGGUCCCAGCCUUCUAAGUAUGUUCCAUUGUCUGGAAGCCGAUUCCAUUGUUCUGCUGAAAUUUGCACCUGAAUCCACUGAAACAACACCUCCCUAUUGGAUGGUUUAACAUUUCUGUAAUGACCUGUUAUGUUUGUGAAGGUUGUGCACGGGAGUGGUUCACAUUUCGCAGUAUUCCUUUUUAAUAAUAGAUUUGUCACUUAAAAAAUCAUUGUGUGUGUGCUUUUUUUUCCUACACAGGGAGUUGCUUUCUGUCAAUAAACACAAUGUGAGCUUGCUUUCCAUGUUGGCUCAGUAAAAA